UCAAUUUCCACUGUGUUUCCGUUGACACCGUUAAGGUCGUUUCCCAGCUGUUGACGAGAGAAUGAAGCGGGUUUUUGUCAGAGCUCUGCAGGACAAAGCCAUGAAUCCCUGGCUGCUCUUCGCUCUACUCGGACUCUGUGCAGCAUUUGGGCCCAGUAAACAGGAAGAAGAGGACUAUGAAGAUGUUCCCAUAAAUAAGACCUGGGUCUUAUCACCGAAGGUCUAUGAAAGUGAUGUGACUUUGAUCCUAAAUAAACUGCUGCAGGGCUACGACAACAAACUGCGGCCUGACAUCGGAGUAAGGCCGACAGUGAUUGAAACAGCCGUGUAUGUCAACAGCAUUGGACCAGUGGACCCCAUCAACAUGGAAUACACCAUUGACAUCUUCUUUGCCCAGACAUGGUAUGACAGCCGACUGAAGUUCAACAGCUCGAUGAAGCUGCUCAUGCUCAACAGUAACAUGGUAGGCAAAAUCUGGAUUCCUGAUACAUUCUUCAGGAAUUCCCGCAAAUCAGACGCCCACUGGAUCACCACUCCCAACCGCCUCCUGAGGCUGUGGAGCAAUGGAAGAGUCAUGUACACACUGAGGUUGACUAUAAAUGCGGAGUGUUACCUUAAGCUGCAUAACUUUCCAAUGGAUGAGCACUCGUGUCCACUGGAGUUUUCAAGCUAUGGUUAUCCCAAGAAUGAGAUAAUGUACCGGUGGCAGAGACGGGCAGUGGAGGUGGCAGACCAGCGGUACUGGAGGCUCUACCAGUUUGCCUUUGUAGGGUUGAGGAACACCUCUGAUGUGGCACACACCCAGUCAGGGGAAUAUGUAAUCAUGACAAUCUUUUUUGACCUGAGUCGGAGAAUGGGCUACUUCACCAUCCAGACAUACAUUCCCUGCAGUAUGAUCGUAGUCUUGUCCUGGGUCUCCUUCUGGAUCAACAAGGAUGCCGUCCCAGCCCGCACAUCUCUAGGUAUCACCACAGUGCUCACCAUGACAACUCUAAGCACCAUUUCCAGGAAGUCCCUGCCCAAGGUUUCCUAUGUCACUGCCAUGGACCUGUUCGUCUCUGUCUGCUUCAUCUUCACCUUUGCUGCCCUUAUGGAGUACGGAACUCUGCACUACUUCACCAGCAACAGACAGACCAAAAAGGCUAAAGCCAACAAUAACACACAGCAGAAAGCAUCCAGCAUGAUGAAUAUCCGACCUGGCACGUCCCUACUGCAGAUUAACAACAUUGUGCCCUAUCACGAGGAGGGUGACUAUGCUUACGAGUGUUUGGAUGGAAAGGACUGCGCCAGCUUCUUCUGCUGCUUUGAUGACUGUCGCUCAGGUGCCUGGCGCGAAAACAGGAUGCACGUGCGGGUUUCCAAGAUUGAUUCUUACUCACGAAUAUUCUUCCCCACUGCUUUUGGCCUUUUCAAUCUGGUUUAUUGGAUAGGUUAUCUGUAUCUAUAAAACCAGUAAUUCAAAAAAGGACAACUAGAGUUUAACAUCUGCAAGCAUUUCACAGAAGCAGAGUUGCUCUUGUAGAAAAAAUAAUAGCUACUUAGCAAACAUGUAUGGCAAAAAGAGAAACAAAAUUAAAAUGUAAAGACAAAUUGUGAAUUACAGUGCCUUGUUUUUCCCACUAGUGAUGAGGCACGGCAAAUAAGUUAUGUCAGUCUGUCCCUCAAUCUGACCAACACCUUGUUUCAGAGCAACAUGGGUCAACAACUACUAGCUAAUAUGCCAUCACUGAUGAUUAUGGUGACCCUCUGACCUUUCAUCAAAAUAUUCCUCUUGACAUUACAAGGUAUUUAAAAAGAUAAAGGCUGAAUUUCCAUGAAAUGUUUUGUGGAUAUUCAUCAUUUUCAGGGGAUUGAGCCCAUUUUUUAUGACCCUCAAAAUUCCUACAUGUACACAAGAAAUAUCAAAAUCUAAUAGACAGAGUCAAAAAUAUGAAUGAACCUUUUGCAUUUUGGACUUGCACAUAGAUGUUUGUUUGUUGGGUCUCUGUAAAUAAUAUUAUAUAGAGUACGGUCUAGACCUGCUCUAUGGGAAAAGUGCAAUGAGAUAACUGCUGUUAUGAAUUGGCGCUAUAUAAAUAAAUUGAAUUGAAUAGAUGUUUCCAAGAGGAUUAACCCUUUUGAUUUUAAUGAACCAUUGGCCUUUGAUCUAAAGCAACCCUCAGGACAAACAUUUUUAGCCCCACUUCUUUUAAGGCUCUAACAAUGUUCUUGUUUGUUCCAUCUAACACUUAGAACAUCCCUAGUCACAUCCUCCAGCUCUUUUUGUGGGGGAUCCUCAGCACAGCUGACAGCUAAGGUGUUCCCAUCCACGUCCACAGGGAGACAUCCAAAAGGCAUCCUAAUCCAAUGCCCAAACACACCAACUUGCUCCUUUCAACAUGAAAGAGCAGUGGUUCUACUCCAAAUUCCUUCCAGAUGAGGUCUGAGGUCCUCACCCUAUCUCUAAGGGUGAGCCCAGACACCCUGCAAAGGAAAUUUAUUUCAGCUGCUUCUGUUCUCAGUCUUAUUCUUUUGUCAUCACCCAGAAGUCAUGGCCAUAGGUAAGGACUGGAACGUAGAUUGGCAAAUAAAUUGAGAGCUUCAACUUCAGGCUCAUCUCCCUCUUCUCCAUGACAGUCUGGCUCACUCAUAAACAAGACCCUGAGGUAUUUGAAGUCCUUCCUUGUGGCACUGACUCACUCCCAACCCAAAGGGGAGAAUGCACCAUUUUCCUAUGUAGAUAAAUAGUAGAUAAGACGGUGUAGUCCCUCAUUCGUCCAGGAGUGUUCUAUCGUAGAAAAGGUUAAAAGAGCCAAAAAACAGGACAAAAGUGUAACUGAACCGAGAAGGAACGGUGUCUCCAUUC